AUUAUUACUGAUGUAUCUAAUUACUGUUCCUAAAUCAAGUACAGCAUUGAAAUGUAUUGUUUGUUCACAAUUACAUUGUCGUGAUUCUUAUGUAAUAACCAACCACAGUGUAUAUGUAGACUGUAAAAACGGCACAUCAAAUGAAAAUUUCAAGUAUGAUAUGUAUAAAGUUGAAAUGUCUGUUAAUAAUGCAAUAAUAAAUUUGACUAAAAAAAACGAGAUUUUCUUUGAUGAUGAAUGGGUUUGCUACAAAACAGUACAUAAAAGCGGCAAUGAUAAUAAUAUGAUACAUCGAGGCUGUAUUAAGAGAAAAUCUUCAUUUUGUGAAACAAUGGAAGUAAUUGAUGCAACAUUUUUGAACAUACUUAAAUAUUGUGACAUUUGUGAUAGCGAUGGUUGUAAUGGUAUCCGACCAUUGAUGCCAUCGUUUGUUACUUUAUCUCUUAUAGUUGUAACUACUUAUUAUUUAAAAACUGCUAAUUCUCUAUAAAUUUUUUUAAUAUUAUUAAGUUCAUAAAAUUCAACUUAUAAUUAACUAUUUAUAUUAUUAUAUUUAAUUAUAAUCUCCUUAUAAGCCAAUACAAUUUACACAUAUUUAUAGUAUC